AUGCCUCAUCCGACAAUCGUUUUAUUAACCGAAGACGCGGCGGAGGUGCCAGACCGGAGACGGACAUUCGUCAGGCAGCAGUAUCCAGAAGGACACUUCGUGAGGGCCCUAGGUCAAGUAGAGAGUAAAGAGGCUGAGCAGGAAAGUCUGCUUUUGGAGUUUGAGGUGCCAUAUAGACCGUUUGGGAUAGCGAUCUUGGAUUGCUUGCCACCGGAAGGAGAGCAGUGGGUUGUUCCUCCUAAAGGAGACUUCGACCUCCAGAACAUUUGGAGAGAUCACGAUGGUUUAAGAGACGUGAUCGUUUGCAGCGUUGAUCCGUCUACUUCCCCUCCUCCAAUCACUCAAAGUAGAAAUGUCCAUUCUGACUCGGCGCCAGAGUCGGAGUCUUUACAGUCUCCCUCAUCAACCCCUGUAACCUCAGCAGCCUCUGUAAUACCCACUAAAUAUCCAUUCAACCUCAUCAUAACAACUGCCACCAUCCCACUGUCAUGCCCUGUCCCUAAAAAGCUCCCCUUGUUACCUCCUAGACAUCCCAGAACCGCGUACCAGCUCCUUCCCACCUCCCAAAUAACCUCCCAUCCCAUGACGGAACCCUAG